AUGUUUCUCGAAGGAGAGCGGAUUAUGAGCGCCUUCGGGCAGCAGCCGUCGCCGCAGCAGCUGAGCCCGUUGGCCAACCCGAGCGCACAGGACGUGUUGGACAUGGCCGCCUACUGCGACAACCUGAGCGCCUACCACCACCACCACCACCAUCAACAACAGCAGAGCGCACACCACCCGUCACCCAGAUCUUCCGUGCAUGCUCCGGCCUACGGCCUGGCCGAGUACGCAGCUCCCGGUACUAACCCGUACCUGUGGCUAAACGGACCGAGCAUCGGCACCGCCUCCUCUCCGUACCUUUCGGGAGGUGCGAACGGGGCCUCCACCUACAUGCAACCCGGUUAUGGAGCAGGUCAGCGGCAGUUCCUGGCACCUCCAACCAGUUUCCACGGGACUGAUCUCGGAUGGCUAGCCGUCCCGGGACAGCAGGACCUUUUCAAGAUGGUUAGACCUCCAUACUCAUACUCCGCUCUGAUUGCCAUGGCUAUCCAGAACGCACAGGGAAAGAAACUUACACUCAGCCAGAUCUACCAGUAUGUCUCAGACAACUUUCCGUUUUACAAAAAGAGCAAAGCAGGCUGGCAAAACUCCAUCAGGCAUAACUUGUCGCUCAAUGACUGCUUUAAGAAGGUCGCACGGGACGAGGACGAUCCCGGCAAGGGCAAUUACUGGACUCUGGACCCGAACUGCGAGAAAAUGUUUGACAACGGGAACUUCAGGAGGAAGAGGAAGAGGCGAGUCGAUGCUGUGAAAACGGAGGACACGAGCGCGCUCAAGCUGGCUGACACGGCGAGCAUGGCGGGGGUCGUGCAGCGCUCCCCGAGCCCGAGUGACCCCAAAUCCUCACCAGAACCCAGCCCGUGUUUCAGCACGUUCGUCAGCACCAUGAACUCGGUGGUGGCGGGAAGCGGGGACGGGGUGAGGGCGCGGGACACCGGCGCGCUGCUGACGGAUUUAACGCGUGGCCGGGAGGGUGUGUCGCCCCUGAACUCCUACUGCCCUGGAGAGACGGCGCCUCCGAGCGACCCUGGUCACAUGAGCCACAGACUCAGCUACUACUCCCCCGGCCUCGGCAACCACUUCAGCGUGAACAAUUUAAUCUACAACCGCGAGGGAACUGAGGUGUAAGCAGGACUUGGAUACCAUCUUACUGCGCUCUGUGAGCGCACACUUCAUGUCUUUACCUUUAUGUGUAUUGUGGGUUGGUUUGGUGUUCUGUCACAGUACCAAACAAAUUGCACUGUCUGGUUUUGUAAAUAUAUAAAUACACAACACCAUUUUCAGUUUUUCAAUUGAUUCGUUAGGCUUGAUGUUGUUGUCAGGCUUUUGCAUCUGUGGCAAAGAAGAAAAUAAACCACUUUGCCUUAACAUAUACAGUGUUUACACCUGCACUGCUUCUCAGUCUGGAUGUAGAGAAUGUACUCAGCAGGAAGCUAGGAUAAGAAUGUUACCGUGUAUGCAACAUGAUUAUUGACAUUUUAUUUCGUGUAUACCCAUGUUUCAGUAAGCAUGUUGCAUCAUGUUCAUGGGCCACAUUGUCAAACUUGUUUAAGGUUCGUUUACUUUUUGCAGACGGAUGUCGAUAUACUGUUUAUUUAAUUAAUGC